AUGGUAGAUAAGUAUUUAGACUACUCAGUGUUACCUAACUAUCUACUCAAAGUUAAUAAUGAUAACAAACAAGUUAUCUAUAUAAAGAAUUACAUCAUAUGUAUUUACACACACAAACAAGGUUUUUUUCUUAAAACACACACCUUGAUCAUUCACCAGUUCAUAAUGCUCAAUACAUUUAAAAUAAUAACAAGAAGAAAUAACUUGAUUAAGAUUAAUGCAUUUAAUAUGAGUGCCCGGGAGAUUCAUAGCGAUGGUAGAUUUAAAGGGAAAGUGGCAAUAGUAACAGCUUCUACAGAAGGCAUUGGGUAUGCCAUAGCUAAGCGGCUGGGGAACGAAGGUGCUUCUGUUGUGAUAAGCAGCAGGAAAGAAAAAAAUGUGGAACAGGCUGUUCAAAGUUUACGCAGCGAAGGAAUCACAGCUGAAGGAGUUGUAUGUCACGUAGGGAAUGCAGAUCAACGGAAAAAAUUAUUUGAUUUCACAAAGAGCAAAUUCGGGGGGCUCGAUAUACUUGUUUCUAAUGCUGCAGUUAACCCUGGAGUUGCGCCGAUUUUGGAGACUGAGGAAGGCGUAUGGGAUAAGAUUUUCGAAAUCAAUGUGAAAUGUGCUUGGCUUUUAGCCAAGGAAGCAUAUCCCGAACUUAUAAAAAGAGGAGGCGGAAAUAUAGUUUUUAUUUCAUCCAUCGCUGCAUACCAACCAAUGGAGCCGCUUGGAGCCUACAGUAUCAGUAAAACGACCCUUCUAGGUAUGACAAGGGCACUAGCAUCAGAAAUUGUUCAUGAUAAUAUCAGAGUAAAUUGUGUUGCUCCUGGAAUAGUUGCCACGAAGUUUGCAUCUGCUAUUACUAGUAAUGAGGCAGGAAAAGAUAAAAGUUUGUCUAUAGUCCCGAUGAAUCGUUUUGGCAAACCGUCGGAGAUAGCUAGUGCUGUAGCGUUUUUAGCUUCUGAUGACGCCAGCUACAUAACUGGAGAAACUAUAGUGACUGCUGGAGGAGCGUACGCUCAUCUGUAA